AGAUGGCGGCGCUCGCAAGAGUCUCCCGGCUGCUUCUCGCCGGCGCUCCCCGGGCCCCGUUGGGGCGGCUUAUGUCGGCAGUGGCUCACGGGGAGGCCGGGGCAGCUCGGACAUGGAAGAUCCUGUCUUUUGUGGUUGCUCUUCCUGGUGUUGGUGUAUGCAUGCUGAAUUGCUACUUAAAGAUGCAGCAUGAACAUGAAAGAGGAGAGUUUGUUCCUUAUGCUCACCUCCGCAUCAGGACCAAGCCCUUCCCAUGGGGAGAUGGGAACAAAACUCUGUUUCACAACCCUCAUACUAAUCCUCUCCCAACUGGCUAUGAAGAGGAUCACUGAACACUUGGACCACAGCAGCAAUUUGGACCAUUGCUCUAUUUGGACCAGAACACUGUAUGGGACCCUCAAUCUAAACAAUAUUCUGCAUUCCUUGUACUGUCAAGUUAUAAAUGGCGUUCUGACCUUUAGCCCUGUACUUGAAGUGGAGGUCAUUUAACAUAAAUAAAUCUUAACCUACCAUUUGUGUGUGGACCUUUGUAAAGAACUGGAAAUCCUUGAUCUAGUCUUUUCCCAAUACUGUUUACAGAGAAUUUUAUGGCUAACAAACUCUUCUUGGGUGGCUGGAAAGGGUGUUGUAGGCAAUAGUGUAGUGAGAGAUUUAAUUUCUGCUUAUCUCUAAGCAGCCAUGAGAGGUAGAAAGGGUUACUGCUUUAUGGCCUAUAACAGACUAGUGGUAAGAAUGCAUACUAGAAAACCAAACUCUUAUGCAAGCAACAGAAUUGGAUCUAAACUGUAAUUGAUUUUCUCCCUAAGCCAUUAAUCGUGUUGAAAGAAGCAUAAGUGCUAGAUAAAAUUCUUGAAAGCUACUGAAGUUGUUUAAUGGGAACUGUCAUACCCUAUCAGAGCAGUGGUCUAAUAUAGUCAGUAGUCUGCCACUAACUACUGCUUUUAAAGGAAGAUGCAAGAAAUCCUACACUGGAUAACUCUUAGAACACUAAUGCAUGCAUAAGCAAACCUCAUCUCCAUAAGAGAUAUACUCUAGUAGACAUCACUGUCUUUCCCAGCUGGAGUGCUCCUACACUGUGCCAGAGCAAAGUUCUACUAUUGUAGCAACCUGAAGAAUUUGCACUGUUCCACACCCGACAGUACUUCUCAUGCCUUGUUUUCCCUGUGCAAUUUUGCCAAAUGGUUUUAUAAUCUAAUAUGGCUUCAUACGUAUGUUACUGCAUAAAUUAGGGCCUGUGUGUGCAAUUAGGAGUGAGGUGCUGUGCAAAUUUAUAAAAAC